ACAGAAACCAUGGGGCAGUUUUUUGAAAAGGUGUUGUUCUUCCCGUCUUUGCUGGCCACUUUGGUUUCCGAUAAGAUGACAAAUCAAAACUGGUACGACAGGAUUGACGAUUGUUUGGUGGCAGGAGCUCUGCCAUUUCGUUCGACGGUUAAAGAGUUAAUUGCAAAGGAAGGCGUUCGAGGAGUACUAUCCAUGAAUCAAAAUUUCGAACUGAACAGAUUAUGGUAUCCGACUCCAGAUGAACUGGACAGUUGGGGAGUCAGUUUUUUACAACUUCCGGUGGCUGACUACCUGGCACAUCCCACGUGGAAUCAAGUGGAAGAAGGCUUAGAUUUCAUCCACCAUAUAUGCAGCAGAAAUCAUUCCGUUUAUGUACAUUGUAAAGCAGGAAAAUUUCGGAGCGCGGUUAUGGCGGCGACGUAUUUGAUGGAGCGAUACAAUUUGACCCCGGACGAAGCAAAAGACACUCUGCGAUCGCAUAGACGCCAAGUUUGGCUGAGCGCGCAUUGGGAUACGGCGCGGGUGCUACAAGAUUUCUUCGAAAAGAUACAUGCUAAAUAUCGACCCGAAGUUGUCAGUACGACCCGUGAUCCAAUAAUCCUGCAAAAAUAUUUCGACAUGGCGGAUACCGGCUCUAGUAACACGACCUUUGCUAACGAUACUUCAACCGAUUCUGUCUCCUGAAUCUGGAUGCUCUGUAUACUGUACUUCAAGUACACUGUGUAGUGACUGUGUUGUACAGUGUUGAACUAUCAGACGGAUUUCCACUUUUAUGUAUGUCACUUAAGUACGCGUACCUAUUUCUACAAAAAGUCCGCUUUAAAAAUACUUUCUCAAUAGUCAAUUUUAUACCCAUUGUUUAUGUUUAUUGCUCCACAAGGAACAAAUGAAUGCAAAUAAGUAAAUGCCGCAGAAAAAUCGAUAAAAUACGAAAAG